ACUGCACUGAAAAGAGAAAUUGACAGUUCCACAAUAAUAGUAGGAGACUUCAACACAGGUAAAGAACAGAACAUCUAGAAAGAAACUCAACAAAGAAAAGAAAAAACAGAAUUGAGUGACUGAGGAUACUGAUUCAUGAUGCCUUGUCAGAAAGAAAAGUCCCUAUUCUAUCAGCCUAAUUCGGCAAUGCUGUUCUAUGCCCCUGCUAUACUUCCUUUUGCCCUUGGCAGGGGCCUCUGUUGGAAGAGAUGGUGAUGGGCUUGGACCCCCUGUUGUUAGUCUUCAUGCUGGGUCUGGGUCUGACCUGACCAACCCUGACUCAAGAUGAUUCCAGUUACAAACACUUUGACUUCAAGCCAAAGGGCAGGAAUGACAGAUAUUGUGAAAGCAUAAUGGGGAAACGAGGCUUGACCAUGCCCUGCAAAGGCACCAACACCUUCAUUCACGGCAACGAGAGCGGCCUCAAGGCCAUCUGUGGAAAUAAGUAUGGAAUCUCCCACGGAGAAAAUUUAAGAAUAAGCAAAGCUUCUUUCCAGAUCACCACUUGCAGACAUGUAGAAGCCCCCUGGCCGCCAUGCUGGUACAGAGCUACGCAAGUGUUCAGAGACGUUGUUGCCUGCAAAAAUGACUUACCUGUCCACUUUGAUGAGUCCUUUUUCCGUCCACAACCAGUAGGCCACUAGUCCAGACCUGGGGCUGCCAUCUUUCCCCGGUGUUUCCCCUCCACACCGCAGAAUGGUGGUGGCCACAUUCAUUGCCAGAGGCCCAGAAAAUAUACUACCUGGAUCUUUUGUUUCCCGUUUUACAACACAUUUAAUUAAAAUGUCUCUGAAAUCAGUAAGAACCAAAGCCUUCUCACUGACUCAUGGCAUAUUGAUCUUUCCCCGUGUUCUCUGUUCAGCUGCUCCCCAAGAGGAUUGGAUGAACUAGAAAUGCCUUUUCCCUUAUUAGUCAGUUCCAAGGAUAAUAGGGAGGUGGGCUUUACCUUUCAUGAAGGUAAUGAUGGUAAAUUGAUUUUACAGAGCAAGCUGGGAAAAUUCCACCGCUCAUGGCCCAUGAGAAGAAUUUUCAGGUGAAGCGAAUUAUUUUUGCUAUCAAACAAUAAGCCAGUAUUACUUUUCUAAAUAGGAGACCUUGGGGAGAAGAG